AUGGCAUCUUCUCAAGUGGAGAUUGUUUCCUCUUCGCCUUUUGGAUGUGUCCUAAGGGACCACAACCGGAAAGAACGAUGCAGAGAGAGCAAUGUGAGAGCUGUGCAAGCUGUGUUCGAGAAGAAUUUCAAGGAAUUGUUUAGAGAUCAUAUCCAUGGCUGCAUCUCUCUCUCUUCCGCCGAAAAUUCACAAAGUCAAAUUACCCAUGUUGCUUCUUGGGUCACCAAUGAACAAGGCAAUGGUAACCGUCAUAACUUGCGAUUGCUAAACAAGAACCAGCACCACCACAACAACAUUAAAAACGAGGAGCCUUCGGUUAUCACCCCUAGGCAGUCUCCAGUUCUUGAUCGAUGUGUAACUAGACAGGCUCAAGAUGUGACGGCAUCCACCAUCGAGAAACAUGUAAAUGAAACUGCAGAGCCAUUAUUAGUUCCUUCAAAUUCAAACACUGCGUUACCAAUAACAUCAAUGGCAUCAAGUUGUAAGACGAAAAAUGCCCAAAACAUUUCCGCUCAAUUGGAGAAUUCCUCGGUCAAGCACAAUCUUGGUGCUUCUUCCCUUGUUCAAAUAUGGGAGGCCAGGCUGAAUCGAUCCAACAGCGUAAAUUUAAACCAGAACCAGAACCAAAGCCAAAGUCAAAGCAUGGAUUCUAACAGUAGCAGGACAAGUUCUGGCUUAAGCUCUAUUGAUAACAAUGCCUCACCUGUCGAAGAACCUUCAACAGGUGAUUCAUUUGACGAAAAAUUUGACAAUGGAACAAAAAAUGAGGAUUCUUUAAUAGACUGGGAGUCACAAUCAGAUAGAACUGGGCCAGGUGAACCACCUUCUUCUUCGUGUAGCAGGAGUUUUGAUGCUGGGGAAAGCGAAAGAGUGAGAAUUGCAGAUAUCAUUAAGAGACUGAAAAAUGGUAGAGAAGAUACGGAUGAUCAUGAGCAUAGUUAUAACAUUACUGACUCACAGUGUAGAGAGCACAAGCAUAAUUCCACAUCAGAUCAAGCAGAGAAGAGGUGUUUCUCACAGGUUAUAAACUCACCACGACUAAGAGGGCGACAAGCAUUCAAUGAUUUGCUUAUGCAGAUAGAGCGAGACAAGAAUAGAGAGUUAGAUUUGCUAGUGGAACGCCAAGCAGUCUCAAAAUUCUCACAGCGUGGCCGUCUUCAGUCAAUGCUGCGGCUUAGAUGUCUUCAACGCAGCGUGACAAUUCAAGAUAAAUGUCGUCCUCAAUCACCGGGAUCUCACGUGAAUCGACUUUCACAAGGAUCUACCAUUAUGCAUCUCAGGUAUCAUGAUUUUACUCCGUUUGCUUUGCUAUUUGAAAUUACUAUGAUAUCACUGACUCCAUCUGCCCAGCUUGAUUCAGCUACUCCAAGAUGCCUUCAUAGGGAGGUCUUAAACAACUCGAUACAGUUAGACAAAAGCUCCACUUCCAAACCGCAAAGUGAAGAUACUCAUUGCCAAAAGGUGUCUUUCACUGGGCACCAGAGUAAAUGGCCAGUUAAUCGCUUGACAAUGAACAGAAAUGAAGAUCUUCAUGAGCAGGCCAAGCCACCUUUCGAUGCCAUACAGCAGAAAACAAGCUUGGAAGCAAGGUGCCUUGAGUCACUAAAGACUGCAGAGGCAACAACGCCCUUGGAGCGUCAAUCUGAGAAUGAGAUGGCAAAGAAACAAGGGUCCAGCAGCCAACAACAUCUCUUCCUUGACUCACAAGAAACUGCAGAAACGAUAUCAUCUUUGAAUGUCUAUAAACAAAAUGAGAUCGCGGAAGAACAAGAUAAUCACCACCAGCAUCGUUCUCUUGACUUGCAAGAAACUAUAGAAACAGCAUCCUUGAAUUGUAGCAUCGAGAAUGAAAUUGCUGAAGAACAGGAUAUUGGUGACCAACAGCAUCUCUGCCUUGACUCUCAGGAACUUAUAGAGAACUCAACAUCCUACAAUGAGCAGGAUGAGAAUGAGGUAACUGAAGAACUGGAGGAUCAUUACCAACAAUAUUUUGUUCAAACAAAUUAUGACUGGUUUAGCAAUAUAUCUCGACCCAGAAGUUAUUGGGAAGGCUUACGGAAAUCAUGGUACCAAGAAGUGCUUAACACCAACGCAAAAAAUGAGGAGAUACGUCAGCUCCUAGAAAGGGGAAGAGUUUCAACUUUUCUUGCCAGUGAUUUCCGAGAGAGAAUGGACCAAUUAAUGAUUUCUCGUGUACAAAUGCAAGCAGAUCGAGCUGAAAGUCAAGAAGGGGUGGACGAUGAGGACAGAAUGGUCCAAGUGAUGCCUUACCUACAGAAACAUUUGCAGCCAGCAGGUGGUCAAGGCGAAGAGGAAGAAAGUGUGGUGGAUGGACAAGAAGAAGAGGAAGUGGAAGAAGGAGUAUAUGAAGAAGAAGAAGAUGAUGAGGAGGAGGAGGAGGAUGAAAGGAGCCUAAUCAGCCAUCAAUUUCAUGAAGCCAAUAAUUAUUUUAAUCAAUCCUCAUCAUCUUUGCAAGUGCCUUCACCAUCUGAUCUGAUGAGGUCAUGGAGUUUUCAAGAUGAUAACGAAACUGGUAAUUAUUCUGAUAGGGAUCCAUCUGCAUUUUCACCUCCACUAGGACCAUCUCAAGGUCAAUAUUAUCAGGAUACUAGACAGUCCUCUUCUUCGAUAAGCCGUCCUUCGCUGGUGAGUUCUUUUGGAUAUCUUUUGAAUAUUUAUGAAAUGGAACUCAUUUGUGAUUUAAGAGGGCAUAUCGAGCAGCUUCAGCAUGAGAUGGGUGAGCUAAGAAAAUCAAUUCUAAGCUGCAUGGACAUGCAGAUGAAAUUGCAACAAUGUUCCUUUAAUUUGGAAGUUCAUUCGGUUGGCGGGGAAGGAAGGAAUUCAGCAGAUAAGGCUCCAUGGAAACGCAGUUGUUGUAUUUGCUAUGAAAUGCAGGUUGACUCACUUUUGUACAGAUGCGGGCACAUGUGCACCUGCCUGAAAUGUGCGCAUGAAUUGCAAUGGGGAAGUGGAAAAUGUCCAAUAUGUCGAGCUCCAAUCCUGGAUGUUGUGCCAGCCAAGGAUAUCAUGUUCAUCCAAAUUCGAUGGGAAUCUAAUUUCUUUCCUAACGAGACGGGUUCGAAGAUAAUGAAAUCUCUUAGGCAAGACGGUGAAAGGGGAGAUUUUGAAUUUUCUGCCAAGGAUGAGGAGCAUAUUCUUCACCUUGCCCCCAAAAACACCCGGGCAUUUAGGCCUACGAAGCCCAGCCCAGCAGUUGGAUCCAAACUUUUCCUUGGAAACGGUCCUCGAAACACGUUUGUCCACCACCGUUGCUGCUUUACUUCUGACAAGAUCUGA